UUUUAUUAACACAAAGUUUGUUUGUCUUUGAUAUAUCACAUAGAUUUUCUUAUUCCUUGGUUAGAAUAUUUUUUGUCAGCUGUUCCUUUUCUGUGACCUAAAGAAGGAAACGAGUCGAUCAUAAUUCGUUAUUGAAAGAUUUUCUAAGAUAAGAUGGCAACAAAGGCGGUAGCAAAGCCUCAGCUCCGAAGACUGUUGGAGACUAACAUCAAAAGGAAUUUGACCAUUGCCAUUGGACUGUCCUUUGUUGCCGGCGCUGCGUACAAAUGGGGAGUUCUUGAAGCGAGGAAGAAAAAAUAUGCAGAAUUCUACAAGAACUAUGACGCUGACAAGGAGUUUGAGAGGAUGAAGAAAGCGGGAGUAUUUCAAUCUUGUUAGCUAGUCUUAAAAUGAUUUACUUUCUAAUACCAUUUAGCAUCUUACUAUAAUAGGAAGACUCUUGUGAUGACUCCUACCUUAAUUUAAUAAAUUUUUAUUAAGUUAAACAUUUA